CACACAUUGUUUGGCUACAGUUCGAACUACAGAUUGUUGAACUAAACUGAAAGGCUUUUGAAAAGCGUCUCUAAAACCUUCAGGUUUGCGUUCAGACAGAGACGAGGACGCCGUGUUUAAAUAAAACCUUUGGGUUCGGUAGUGUAAAGGCAGGGGGUUAAAUGUCCCUAAAGUAAGAAAUAAAUAUAAACUAGCAAUGAUAACUAGCAACCGGCGAAGUUAACCUUUUAGUGUUAGCUGUUAGUGCUCCGUCCAUCGGAUACUAGGAUGGAGGUGUCUGUUAAAGGGAGGGCCAAAAGGAAACGUCUAAACGCACAAGAAUGUGAGGAGCUGGGUCGAAGUGAGGAUGGAGCCGAUCCCCUCACUAGACCCCAGACGUCGCAUGGCAGCAGAGAUCCCAACAGGGGGCUUUACCCCAGAACCCCCAGAAAGCAACGAAGGAAAGCGGCAUCCGUUAUAGGAAGUCCGUCUGGGCGACAGAAGGCCAUUAACGACUUUUACUCUGUAGAAAAAGUUCUAAGUUCCAGUCCGAACAAACCCUGUGCGCCGUCUACAUCGAAACCCCCCCCUGGCUCUUGGGUCAUACCUGAAGAAGAAGAAGAGGAAGACGAUGACGUCAGCCUGUUGGCUACUCCGAUUGAAGCUAAACCUGUAGCAGAGGAAGCAGAUGAGAUCGAUGACGAUAGUCUGCUGGCUGCUGAAAGUCUCCCAGAGGCUGAGGAGAUCCCCCCCGCUAAUGCCCAGCUGGGAGACACCGCAACGACGGAUUAUCUGGAGGGGAUGACGGCAGAGAUGUUUGGAGAUGACGAGGAGUUUGAAGAGGAGGAGGUGGAGCCUCUUCCUGAUGCCCACUUUGGACUGAUUGGCAGCGGAAAGGUGUUGCUCCAACCACAGGGCUGCAUAGAUGACCUUCCAGAGGAGGUGCUGAGGGAGGUGCUCUGUUUGGUCCCUGCUUCAGACCUCUAUCGCAGCGUCAGCCUGGUGUGCCAUUGCUGGAGGAACAUCGUUCUGGACCCUAAGUUUGUGCCUUUUAAGAAGCAGUACUAUCGCUACAUGAUGAAUGAAAAGGAGACGGUGCAGGAGAUCUGCUCCACGCUGAAAAACAGCAACAUCAGCAGCCCCGCGCCCUCAGAGCACAGCAUCCGCAGCCUGGUGGUGUUAAUGGCUCAGCAUAAAGUCGGAGAGCGCGUGGUGCCGGAAGACGUCCUGGCCUGCGUAAAGAAACAUCGUCUUUUCCCGCAGGCCGAAGCCUCCGUCAGGUUACGCAUUCCUGACAUCAAGAGGUUUCUUAACCUCGGCAGCGAGGGUCUGAACCCGUACGCCGCCAUGGCCGUCAUAUUGGUCCUGAGUGAGAACGUGGGUGACGUGCAGACCCUGGUCUCUCUGCUCUCACACUGCAUGUCACGAAAGGCCAUCACAGAGUACCUCAGCCACAUGGCCACCAUGCUGCUCGCGAUGGAAAGGAACAAAAUCAAGAUUAACUUCAGGUUGCAUUACAACAUCUACUACGUUCUUCAUUUGAUGGAAAACGGUCCUUUUUCCGUCAGUUCUGGCCAGAGCGGAAUCCCUCAGAUUCAGCUCACACGAGAGCAGCAGGAGAUCCUCAGCCAUGACAUCCAGAGCCAUCAUGUGGUCAAGAUAGUGGCGUUCGCAGGUACAGGAAAGACGACCACGUUGGUGAAAUACGCCGAGCAGCGUCCGCACCUUCGCUUUCUCUAUGUAGCUUUUAACCACUCGGUGGCCUCUGAGGCGCGACGCCGCUUCCCUCCCAACGUGGACUGCAAGACGGCCCAUUCCUUAGCCUACAAUGAUGUCGGGAGGAGGUAUGCGCUUAACAAAAAGCUCACCUUCAACGUGAAUGCGUUCUCCAUCAAUUUUGCUCUGACUCCUGGGGCCGCAGGCUUCAGCAGAGCUAAAGUGGUGGCUACAAUUCUGAAUUCCUUCAUGGCCUCGGCACACCCGGCCAUCGGCCCACAGCACGUCCCCUAUGACUACGCCGUCAACAAGGGCUACAGGCAGGUCAUAGGGCCUGAUGAGCAAAGGUUUUUUAUUGAAGAGGCAAAGGCGAUCUGGAACAAAAUGAAGGACCUUAAGGAGAAAUCAAAACAGGCCUACUACAUGCCUCAUGAUGGUUACCUGAAGUUAUGGCAGCUCAGAAACCCAAAGCCCUGCCUGUCUGACCGAUACGAUGUCAUUUUCAUCGAUGAGGCUCAGGACUGCACACCAGCCAUCAUGGACGUCCUGCUUUCCCAGCGCUGUGGGAAGAUCCUGGUUGGAGACCCCCACCAGCAGAUCUACACCUUCAAAGGGGCGGUCAACUCCCUCCGCUCAGCUAGCCACUCACACAUCUAUUACCUCACUCAGAGCUUUCGGUUCGGGUCGGAGAUCGCCUUUGUGGGUGCAGCCAUCCUCAAAGUUUGCAAAGGGGUCCAGAAGAUCCUGGUGGGAGGAAUGCAGAAAAGUGGCGUGUGCGAUGAGACGGCAGAUAAAGCCUUGGAGGCCAUGAAGAACGGGGUGAGCUGCAGCCGAGGGAAGAUCGCCAUCUUGGCGAGGUGUAAUCUGGGCGUCUUUAAAGGGGCGGUCCAACUAUCGGAUGCCAACCAGCAGUGCCGGAUCCACUUCAUUGGAGGUGUCAAAAACAUCGGGCUGGAGAAAAUAAUGGACAUCUACCACCUGAUGAAGGAGGCAGGACAGGAAGCCAAAAAAAAAGCCAUCAAGGACCCCCUCAUCAGGUCCUUUACCUCCAGUAAGAAAAAAGAACCCUACUUGGCCUUUAAGGACUACGUCACACAAACCGAGGACAAGGAGCUGGACGGGAAACUGACCAUUGUGGAGCAAUACAGGGACCGCGUCCCUGCGCUGGUGGCCCGGCUAAAGGCGUGCUAUGAGAGCGACCUAAAGGGUGCAGGUACGCAUUGAGAAGCAC